CAAUUCAGCUCCUCGCUGCUUUCGUGUGCAUGCAGUCCCUCUGCAGAAGCAGCUCUGCUUUCUCUUUAUUUUUUUGUAUCAGCAAAGACAACCGGGAAGAAAAAUAUGUUGCAUUAAAAUUAGAACGGAGAGUCGACUACUGAGGAGCUUUAUUUUUUAUUUUUUGGGGUUUUUUUAAAGCCUAAUUCACCUUAAAGAAUCUCAAAACCAGCCACAAGGGAAAGAUUUGUGAUUUUUUGUAAUGGAAAGCGGUAGCCUCUAGGGCCCAGAGGAUAUGCAGGGAGGCAUUUUCUCUUGCUGGUGCAGCUGAGAGCGAGCGAGAGAGAGCGAGACCUGGAAAUGAAAGUAAAGAGAUCAGGAGGCACAUGGAGGGAGCUGCAGGGGCAGCCGAUCCAGAAGCAGAAUGCUGCCUUCUAUAAUUAAAUAGCACUUACUAUUAUUAUUACUUCUAGUAAUAAUACAUUAAUAAUAUCUCUAGUAAUACAAUACCAUUUAUCAAGGAAAGUUUAUACAUAGUGUGGGGGGGAAAACCCGAGGAGAGAGCAACUGUAAUGGAGAGGCAGAAGAGAAAACAAGAAAUAGAGAAAGGACUGCAGUUCAUUCAGUCCACAUUACCCCUAAGUCAAGAAGAUUAUGAGGCCUUUUUGCAGAAGCUGGUGAGAAACUUGUUUGCAGAGGGCAAUGAUUUGUUCCGAGAGAAGGAUUUCAAGCUUUCCCUGGUACAGUACGUGGAAGGGCUGAACGUGGCGGAUUAUGCAGCCUCCGACGAGGUGACCAUCCCAAAGGAUCUCCUCUGCAAGCUCCAUGUCAACCGGGCUGCCUGCUACUUUGCCAUGGGGUUGUAUGAGAAAGCACUGGAAGACAGCGAGAAGGCUUUAAGUCUCGACAAGGAAAACAUCCGAGCGCUAUUCCGGAAAGCCCGUUCCUUAAAUGAACUUGGAAGACACAAAGAAGCGUAUGAGUGCAACAGCCGAUGCUUGCUGUCCCUCCCACAUGAUGAAAGCGUCACACAACUGGGACAGGAGCUUGCCCAGAAGCUGGGACUGAGGGUUCGAAAAGCAUACAAAAGACCUCAGCAGGAGUUGGAAACGUUCUCACUACUCAGUAAUGGCACGUCAGUCAAUUCAUCAAAUCAGACUACUUCCAAUGGCUUGGGCUCAAUAGAUGACAUUGAAACAGACUGCUCUGUGGACCUGCAGUGCCUCCCAGCUCCUAUGGCCACCUCCAUCCCUGUGAGCGAGGGGCUGGCCCCUCUGCCCUCUGACUCAGAUGCAAAGGGCCUGCCCACCUCGCUUCCUGCUGCCACCUUGCUCCCAUCUCCAGACUGUGUACCCUUGCCAGUGCCUGAGAACACAGAGGACUUCACAGAUGGGGACAUCAUUGGGGAAGAACUAGACUCCAUCCUGGAUUCCCUUGCUGAAGGGUCACCAUACCCUCUAUCUCUGGUCCAGGGCACCAUUCCUACCAACCUGCCAACAGAGAUGCCCCAGCUGAUUCCUGUGUUUCCGGGGGGAACUCCGCUGCUGCCUCCAGUCGUGACAGCCAGCAUCCCUGUCUCCACCCCUCUGCCACCUGCCUCCUUUGGCCUGGUGAUGGAUCCCACCAAGCAGCUCUCCACCUCCUCUGUCCUGGAUGCCUUUGAAACCCCACCAGGAGGAAGUGGUGGCUCCACUUUAGAUUCGCUGGAUUCCCUGGAUCUGCUUCCAUACACAGAUACGCGACUUGAUGCCCUGGACUCCUUUGGGACAAGCAGGGGUUCGCUGGAUACCUUGGAUUCCUUUGCCAUUGAAGAAACUAGCACUCAGGAACUGCGACACCCACCUGGCAGCCAAAAACCAGCCCCAGUGGUCAGCCUUGGUGGAGUGAGUCACCCAGCUGUGCCCAAGGCCACCGAGCACCUGCUGUCCCAGCCAGAACCAGUAAUGCCCAACACAGCUCUGCUGGUGAAGAACCCUCUGGCCUCUACUCACGUUUUCAAACAAGCCUGUCAUAUCUGCUACCCCAAAACAGGGCCCAAGGCUGGCGAUUAUACCUAUCGGGAAGGCUUGGAGCAUAAAUGCAAGCGGGACAUCCUGCUGGGCAGGCUGAAGAACUCAGAAGACAAGACCUGGAAGAGGAUCCGUCCUCGCCCAACUAAAACCAACUUUGUAGGAUCCUAUUAUCUGUGCAAAGAUAUGCUUAACAAGCAGGACUGUAAGUACGGGGAUAACUGCACCUUCGCGUACCACCAGGAAGAAAUCGACGUGUGGACGGAGGAGAGGAAGGGGACCCUCAACCGUGACCUCCUCUUUGACCCGCUAGGUGGGAUCAAGCAGAGCAGCCUCACAAUUGCCAAGCUCCUCAAGGAACAUCAGGGCAUCUUCACCUUCCUCUGUGAGAUUUGCUUUGACAGCAAACCCCGGAUUAUCAGCAAAGGGACCAAGGACACACCAUCUGUCUGCUCCAACCUUUCUGCAAAACACAUUUUCCAUGACAACAAGUGUCUGGUCCACAUUGUGCGUUCCACCUCCCUGAAAUAUUCCAAGAUCCGUCAGUUCCAGGAGCACUUCCAGUUUGACGUGUGCCGACAUGAGGUACGCUACGGCUGCCUGCGUGAGGACAGCUGCCACUUUGCUCACAGUUUCAUUGAGCUCAAGGUCUGGCUGCUGCAGCAAUAUUCAGGAAUGACCCACGAAGAUAUCGUUCAGGAAUCUAAGAAGUACUGGCAGCAGAUGGAAGCACAUGCCAGCAAACAAACAAAUAGCGUGGCUUCUCCCCGGACUCCCACAUCAAGCACCUUUGACCUCCAGAUGAAAUUUGUGUGUGGCCAGUGCUGGAGGAACGGGCAGCUGGUGGAGCCAGAUAAAGACCUCAAGUACUGUAGUGCCAAAGCCCCCCACUGUUGGACGAAGGAGCGCCGUGUCCUGCUGGUGAUGUCCAAGGCUAAGAAGAAGUGGGUGUCAGUCCGACCACUGCCUUCCAUCCGUAACUUCCCACAGCAAUAUGAUUUAUGUAUCCAUGCACAGAAUGGCAGGAAAUGUCAAUAUGUGGGCAACUGCUCUUUUGCCCACAGCCCUGAGGAGAGAGACAUGUGGACCUUCAUGAAGGAAAAUAAAAUACUGGACAUGCAGCAGACCUAUGACAUGUGGCUAAAGAAGCACAAUCCUGGGAAGCCUGGAGAGGGAACACCACUCACCUCGCGAGAAGGGGAGAAGCAGAUCCAGAUGCCCACUGACUAUGCAGACAUCAUGAUGGGCUACCACUGCUGGCUCUGUGGGAAAAACAGCAACAGCAAGAAGCAAUGGCAGCAGCACAUCCAGUCGGAGAAGCACAAGGAGAAGGUCUUCACCUCCGACAGUGACUCCAGCUGCUGGAGCUACCGCUUCCCCAUGGGUGAAUUCCGGCUCUGCGAGAGGUUCCAGAAGAACAAGGCCUGUCCUGAGGGAGAGGAGUGUCGCUAUGCGCAUGGGCAGGACGAGCUGACGGAGUGGCUAGACCGGAGGGAAGUGCUGAAACAGAAACUGGCCAAAGCUCGCAAGGACAUGCUGCUCUGCCCCAGGGAUGACGACUUCGGGAAAUACAACUUCCUAUUGCGGGAUGACGUAUAGUAUGAGUAUGGGGGAGUCUGUUGGCUGCAGAAACAUGGGGUGAGUUUUCCAAGUGGCAGUAGCAGGCAGAUCAAGAUCUGUGUCUCACAAAGAGAACUUUUUCUUUUCUUUUGUUUUAAGAUUAUGAGAUGAUGAUUUAUUAGUGGUGAAUGAAUUUGUGAAUUUGAUUCUUGUUGGCCAGCGACGCCACACUCACUGAGUUUGACCCAUCUUUUCUUCUUUCCCCCAAAUUCUCCUUCCACUUCAUCUUUUUGUUUUCACUGUCCUUCAUUCAAAGGAAUUAAUUUAGUCUAUAUUGGGCUGCAAAUCAGAGAAUUUCUCCUAGUGUCAUUCUUCUGUCUUUCAAUUCAGAGCAUGACUGCAGAGGACAAAGCUGAGAGAGGGACAGAAAAGUUGUGGAUGCCUCAUGCCUGGGGCCCCCUGUUCAAGGCCAGGUUGGAUAGAGCUCUGAGCAGUGUGGUCUAGUGGAAGGUGUCCUUCUAAAUGACAGGGGGAUUGAAACUAGAUGAUCUUAAGGUUCCUUCCAGCCCAGACCAUUCUAUGAUUUUAUGAAAUCUGGUGAAAAGGUGACCAUGAAUUUCAUAUGUUCCUUUUCUCAGUGCUGCAGACUAAGCCCCACUUACUCUGCUGCAGCCCUCCUGCUCUUCUGGGGGUUUGGAAUUGUGGUGUAAAAAAGGAAAACUGCUAUAUUUCGCUUAAAACAUCUAGGUUUAUGCUCCAACAGUCUAUAUUUCCCUGAGGCAUCAACUGGUGCUAAAGAUAACAGCUGUGUGUUACAAGGAGUGCAAGGUAAAAGCAGCAAAGUAAUGAAACUGCUUGCAGCAGCGGGAGCUGGGUUGUAGGUGACUUCAAACUUCAGCUGACUACUCAGAAGGCAAGUUGGUGACUUCUCAUUGGAUGUCUUCUUCAGUAUGUGGCAGGUAUUCAGGGCAGAUAGUUUGGGUUUGUUUUUUUGGCUGGUGUGACUGAUGCAAGUAAAACAACCCAUCUAGGAGGUGUAGUGGAGUCUAUGAUACAUUGUGUGUCACUGAAGUCCACACAGCAGUAUCAGUCAGGAGGGAGGUGGUCACCAAAAGGAGCCUGUGUUUCUGUAUUGCCUUGUGUCUUGAAGAGAGGGAGGGAGGGAGGGGGGUAAUGGUGUUCUUUUUUGCUCUGUAAAUGGCAUGUGUUUCCAGUUACUUAGAGCUGCAUUUUUCCCUGCACUGCCAGAAGAACUGGGUGGGGACCCAUUUAAAACGACACCAUUGCGCAGCAUGGGCAAUGUUUAGCUAAUGGGAAUCCAGCUGGAAGCGCUUACCAGUACCAGAGGUCCAGCCCCCUCCUCCUCAGAGCCAGGGCAGGGAGCUCACGGAUGCACAGUGCGACCAGGAUGCGACCCAGAGCAGGGAGAGUGAGUGGCACAGCAGGACCUAGCCAUGGCCUGCUCUUGUGCUGCCUGAUGAGUGCUUUGAUGAGAUAACCAGUAAUGCUGAACUCUGGGACAGGAGUUCUGCUUUUAUAAGGGGCAGCAGUGAGAAGCAGUACUGACUGCUCUGAAUGCCAGCCUUGUCCUUUCUGGCAGUCUCAUCCUGUAAGCAGUAAAUGUAUCUCCUGACCUGAGCUCCCCUCUCCUUCUCUCCUCUACAGUCCAGUUGUGCUCUGCAGUUUUGCAUGCAUGGAUGGCACCAUCCACUCAAACACAAACACGUCUCCCUCCCAGCUUUCAUCAGGGAUGUCUUUUUCGUACAGAGUCUUCUGGGACUGCAGUCUCGGAGCUCUUGGGGCUGGUAGGGCUGUAUCCAUGGUAAAUACAAUCUGGCCAUGAACUGCUUGGUGCUUAGGCAUUGCUGCAUCCUCCCAUUCCUCUCUGCUUCCAUAUCCCUGGGGUUCAGAGCUUCAAGAGAGAAACUAUGGUACCUUCUUCUGGUCAUCCUUGUGCUCAAGUGGUCAACUUCAGAGAUGGGAGGGGACAGGCAUCAGCUCCUAGACAGGCAUCAGUUCCUGGGAUAUCUUGUUCUGCUCUUUUUGGGCAGAUAUGCCAAGGAAGAAAAUCUGGAUUGGGGGACACUGGAAUGUGUUUUUUAUUUUUAAAACAAACCUGCAUCUCAAGUGUGACUCUAGCGUUCGCUGAGCCGUGAUUUCUCAUGCAAUGACUUGUUUAGGUUUCAGAGUUGGUCACUGUCCCCUCUCCUCCUCUCUGCAAUGAGAGCUGAGCUGCUCCAUGGGACUUGAGAGGUUCAGGCUGGGGCUGAGGUGAGGAGAGGGUGAGAUUGUUAGGUGAGGUGAAGUGAGUGAGGUAGGCCCACAGUCAUGAGGGUUGUUUCAAGUGUCUCUUUGUUUUCCCUGAUAUGAUAACCUGGUCUGUGGUGUUGCAGUACUUCGUCACCAGACUUGUUUUAGUGUGUAUAUAUGUGACCCCUCCCAUGAAGCAUAUAUACACAAGUAUUAAAUAUAUUGCUCUAUAUAAUAUUAUAUAUGUGUGUGGUAUCGAAGGAAUCUUUUAAAUGAGGGUAAAGGAAAAGGACUCAGGCCAGGAAACGCAGCAUCCCCAGUUUAAAUAUUAACCCUUUUAUUUGGGAUAGGGAAAGGGAAAUAACAGAAGAAAGGGGGGGUUUAUAUAGAUAGGUAUAAACUUUGAGAUGGGACAGGUUUCCCUUUUUGAAACCUUUUAGGAUGUCCUUCCAGUCCCAUCUCAGUGAGAGAGUAUUAUACUGCUAACUAGUGAGUAAAGUUUAAAUAUAAGGCUUUGCUUAUAUUAUUUAAAGGGACGUUGUGAAAGGCAGGAAGUUUCACACUUGACUUCCCAGACUUGCUUUAUCAAGCCAAGAGGGUUUUCUUCAGCACAUUAUGUGCUCUCAGCAGAAAUGCUCAGUGCUUACAGCUCUACAGCAGAUAAACUGAAAGUUGUAGGGGCUGCUUUAGUGGUGUGUUCACAAGACCCUGUGAUAACUCCCUCUUCUUUAUUUGUGUGAGAGAAGAAGAAAAUUCUGCAGCACAGAACCAAAUUUGAGGGUUAUUAACAAAGGAAGUGAUGUCUUAAUUUUACAGCAUUAGAAGAAAAUAACCUGUCUGUAUUUACCUGUCUGCAAAAUAACCACAGACAUUCACACAGAGCAGAAACUUAUUAAAUGCUGAAAGACUUAGUGAAAAUCUUUUCACAAAUUCUUUGGCAGGGGGCAGGGAUUUAGGUGACACUGGCAUUGGAGUUAACCUGGCCUUUAGAGGGAGAAGUAAAAAAAUAAAAACCAAAAAAUACCCUACUUAGCUUGUAUGAAACUGUAUGUCAAAAAUGGAUGGGUUUUAGCAUGUGAAAGGAAAAGAUAGCAAGGGGAUGCUGCAGUUCUGAGCUGGGUGGUAAUGAUUUUGAGUCCUUUAAUAUGUCUUUGUAUUAAUAUAAUUUAAGAAUACCACGCUUUACUAUUAAAAAAGAACUUAGUAUCUUUCAUAAGGUCUAGUAUCAGGAUAAAUAUGUAGAUGUUUUAACAACAUUUUUGGUUUUGUUCUUAAAUAAAUAAAGAAAAAACAAACUUGCUUCUUUUAGCCUUUGUAAUAGAAAAUAAAAGUGUGCACUUUAAACCCUCUCCUGA